UCCCCUCCGACUUCCAAGCGAAUCAAGACGUCGGCUACGACGAGCGCGCCUUCACAUCUUCUCGCUCAACAACAAAUCCAUCCAUUCCAUCGAGUCCCAGCUUUUGAGGGUAUUCCCAUUCCAACAGCACCUAUCCCGCCCACAUCUUCAACUUCACGUAAACGACCUCCUUCCCCGACCGCAAGUUCUUCAGCUAUGAUGGCGGCACCAAUGAACCCGGGUGGUGCGAUCGAGGGUGACCCGGGCACCCUCCCCGCUCCCGAACCUGCUCCAAAGAAAAAGGGUCGCACCAAUACACCAUGGACUGCCGAAGAGGAACAGCGUCUCAAGACAAUGCGCGAUGCUGGUCGUAGCUGGAGCGAGAUUGCAAAGACAUUUCCUACUCGAACUGAAGGCAGUGUGAAAAAGCAUUGGUACAAAGACAUGCACUACGCAGAAUUUGCAGAAGAUGAGCAGUCUAUAAAACUCCGGGAUGCAAUCAAGGAAUACGAAGCAAAUAAGUGGAAGGUCAUUGGGCAGAAAGUUGGCAAGCCUGCGAAGGCAUGCGAACAAUAUGCCAAAGAGCACUUCAAGAACCUUUAG